AUGAGCAAAUACUCAUCCCGACAAACCCAGAGAUCAUGGAAAGCUGCUUGUGCAGCUUGGAACGAAGUCCCAGAAGCUCCAAUCAAGGCACUGUCAGCCCAGAGACCGAGAAUCAUUGUCGGUCACCGAUCGUCGGCGAUCAUGCGCGCAUUGAGCGCGCUUGGUGCGCCUCGAAGCGAUUCGCGACUGGUAUUUUGGACUGAUGCUUCUGUAAAAAAGGCUUCCACAGGAUGGGCGGCCGUGUUUCGGGAGGGCUACACCUGGGUGCGCAUCAUGGCAAGAGGGCCGGGCGGAACAUCGAGCAAUAUCGCGGAGCUUCAGGCCAUAGGUCUUGCCCUUGACUACGUGAUACAAUUCGUUGAGAAGAAGACGGAGAGCGACGAGAAGGGGCGACUGCAAAUCCUUGAAGUGUACACCGACUCGAAAGUCGCGUUGAACUUUUUGAGAAAGAUUCUAUCAGACUUGCCACCUUGGGACAUCGACGAAAUCGACGACAGCGACGACACCAAAGCUAAUCAUUACAACAAGAAGAAGAGGGUAUGGCUGUUGACCCAGAUGAUUGCGCAAGAGGUGGGUCGCAAGGCCACAAAGCUUCAAGAAGCUGGCGUGUGUAUCGAACUGAACUGGGUGCCUCGGGACACAGUUAUUGGCAAUAAACUUGCUGAUAAGGGGGCCGCUCUUGCGAGAAUGGGAGUUGGAUGUGAUUAUACCCUUAACAAUGCACUCAUCGAGUUUCUUCCAGCCGAUCCUGUUGGAGAAGGAGACGAGGACCAGACGAGUGUGUGCUUAAACCACGUUUAUAGGACCGUGCCGCAGAGACGUAUGGCGGAAGAAAUUGAGUCGACAAUGAAAGAAAGACAGGCAAAAAUAGAAGAGAUACUCGCAGCGACGACCCAAGAUGUUGCAAAAGAACCUUCAACUGAAGCAGGUACUUGGCAAAGGCCAGAAGCAGAAGCAGAAGCAGAAGCAGAGGCAAAAGCAGAGGCAGAAGCAGAAGCAGAAGCAGAAGCAGAAGUAGAGGCAGAAGCAGAGGCAGAAGCAGAGGCAGAAGCAGAGGCAGAAGCAGAGGCAGAAGCAGAAGCAGAAGCAGAGGCAGAAGCAGAGGCAGAAGAGGCAAGUUGGCAAGACAGCGACUUCCAAACGUAUGCCAGUUCCUGGACUGGAGCGGCAGUCGAAACUGUCGGAGUCACAUGCGAGGAAGUACUUGAGGUUACUGGACAAAGAUCUGAAGUUGGAAAUAAUUGGCACAACGACGACGCUUUGCCUAUAGAUCCGCAGCUGCACCUUUCAUUGCCAGAGAUGAUCAGUGUGGCGACCAGCAAAGUGGCAGAAGAAGAGACAACUCAAACUACUGGAGAAUGGACAACACCAGCACCAGAGACAGAAGGACUGGCAAAUUAG